AUGACUGAAGCUCACUUGAGGGCUCUGAAGGAAUUAAAAUCAAAUGGAAAGGUGGUUGUUCUAAGUCCAGAUAAAGGAUCCGGUGUUGCUGUGAUGGAUAAGGUUUGUUAUAAGAAAAAAAUGCUCUCUAUUUUGAAUGAUGAAAGAAAAUUCAGAGUGGAUAAGACAAAGGAUAAUCCGCAAGAACUGGAGAAGAAAGUCAGUAUCGAGCUGAAAACUUUGAUGCAAGCGGGACUGAUUCGGGAAUCCACGGUGAAACAAUUACGUCCGAGAGGGAGUCAAAUGCCACAGAUUUACGGUUUGCCGAAACUACACAAAGAAGGCAUUCCACUGCGACCCAUUAUGUCUUGUGUGUAA